GACAUGAAAAAAUGUGUAAGUGAUGAAGUAGCUGAAUUUUUAAAGUUUCUUCAGAAUGCUGCAAAGAGUUGCAGUCAGGAUUAUGAUACACUCUCAGAUGAAGCACUUCGAUUCACAAAGCAAUUUUUAAGUGCUUCAAUUGAACAAGUGAAAAAGUAUCCAGAAAUCUACUCACUCCAUGAAAUCACUAGCUUAAUGGGAUUCCUCCCAACUAGAACAGAGAUGGGAUUAAAAUUAGAGAAAACUGUCCUUGCAUUGGGUAAUGUAAGAUUUGCCAAAUUAUCCUUUCCCUUAAUGCCUGCUGAGUUGCAACUCUCCAUAGAUUAUAAAUCUACAUCAACUAUUGAAACACCAGAGCAGAAAGCUGCUGCGAUGCAUUAUGAUAUUAGUACAGAUCCAAAUGCAGAAAAGCUUGUAUUGAGGUAUCAUCCUCAAAUAGCUCUCACUAGUCGAUCAUUAUUUACCUUGUUGAAUAAUCAUGCACCUAAUUACAAGGAACAAUGGGAAAUUCCAGUGCAUGUGAAGAUCAUACCUGUUACAGGUUCCAAGCCAAUGAAAAUAAUUUAUAUUGACUCACCUCUUCCCAAAAAAGAAAUGACAGUGAGAGAGAGAAAUCAAAUUUUUCAUGAAGUUCCAUUGGACUUUUUGACAACCAAAAACUCAGCUAUUCCUGUCUCUGCUGUAUUUAUGGACAAACCGGAAGAGAAUAUAUUUCAGUGGGAUGUGCCUUCUGAUAUUAAGCAGUCCCGAAGAAUUGAGAUUUUUGAUGAUUUGGAUAUGGGUUUUGAUGAGGAUGUAACGGAAUUAGAAACUUUUGGAGUAACAGCUAAUAAACCUUUAAAAAUUUUGAAUACAUCAAACCUUCCCACAUCAUCUACAGAGGCAACCCUUCCCACAACAUCUAAUACAGCAACUAUUCUUUCUAGUCCUAUAAAUUUAUCAAAGAUUCUGACUGAACAAUUGAAAAAGGAGAAACAACUUAUGACCAGUGUAAACAGUGGGCCAGAAGAGCUGAAAAUUAAAGAUAAUCAGGAAUUUUUAUUAUGUGACAACCUUCAAGAUCCUAAAAAAAUACAGCUUUAUUCAUGUAGUAGUGAGUCAAAGCAGUCUGAAUGUGAUUCCUCCUCAAUCAAAGAUUUUGAAAAAGAAAAAAUUGAGGUAAGUGAAGAAAAUGAUACAACUACAGAUGAAGAAUGUGGUGCUAUUAAACUAAAUGUUUUGGAGAAAACAAAUACUUUUAAAGAAAGAAUUGAUAUAUCAGAAACAAAUAAGACUCAGAAUGUUUCUUGUAAUAGUGAUACAGAUGAAGAACGUUUAAUUAUUGACAUAGAAUGUAAAAAUCAUGAUAAUGGGAAGCAAGAGGUUAUUACCCUUAAUUCAAGUCCUCUACCAGAUACUUUAAGGAUGCCUAUGCCUUCUUCAGAAAACUUAGCUGAAGCUACUUGUAAUCAUGAGCAGAAAAAGUGUGCUACAAAAAAGUCUGGCAAAAGAUUAUAUAAGAAAUUUGAUCCAGUUGGACAAAUUUUAAAAAUGCAAAAUGAACUUUUAAAACCAACUUCAAAAAAAGUGCCUGAGCAGAUCUUUGUGAAUUUGGAAAAUUCUAGGCACCACCUUGCUCCAGAGCAACCAGCCACUGUUACCGAUACUCCUAAGUCUAAAUGGUCUUCAAUAUUUCACAAGCCAAAAGAACGAUUGCUACCACACAGCCUCCAGAUGUUUGUUGAAAACAAAUCAGAAUACAUAACUCCUCAAGAAGGAAAUCUUGUUUAUAAGUUAUUCAACUUUCAAGAUCUCCUGUUACUUGUGCGUUGUAGUGUCCAGAAAGUAGAGACAAGACCACGUUCCAAAAAACGGAAAAAUGUUAGGAGGCAAUCUCCAGUUUACAUAUUACCAAAAUUAGAGUAUCAAGCCUGCUAUGGUGUUGAAGCUCUUACUGAAAGUGAACUUUGUCGUUUAUGGACUGAGAGUUUAUUGCAUUCAAACUGCUUAUUUUAUGUUGGACAUAUUGAUGCGUUUACAUCAAAGCUUUUUAUGCUUGAAGAAAUUCCUAUGAAUGGACUCAAAGAGAAAUUUGCAACUUUCAAUACUCCAAAUGCAUUUAAUGUUCUCCAGCAUAUUCUGAAGAAAAUAAGCAGUUUACAGGAGGGCUCCUAUUUAUUGAGUCAUGCAGCAGAAGAUUCUUCACUUUUGAUCUACAAAAACUCUGAUGAAAAAUUUUCUAGAACAGCCUAUAAUUUACAUAAAGCUCAUUGCAGCUUACCCACUGUACCAUCUAGUCUUUCUGUACCCUGGGUCCCAUUAGAUCCCACUGUCCUGUUACCUUAUCAUAUUCAUCAUGGAAGAAUACCUUGUACUUUUCCACCUAAAUCUCAAGGCUCCUCAAAACCACAAAAGGUUAGUGGAACAAGAGUGCCUGUUCCUGGCCACAGGAAUUCAGUAACUGUGGAAACAAAGAGCUGUUACUUGUCUGCUCAGCAAGUUGAAAACGAAGGCGUGGCUCCAAAGAAAAGGAAGCAAAAUAGCCAUAAAAAGUCAAUAUAGUGGAAAAUGAUCAAUUCAGAGUGGACCAACAUAGCAAAAUAAAGAC